CCCAGCUGCUGUCUUGGGGCCAUCUUCACAACGUGGCACAUGGACCUCUCUCAUUCUCUUUGGUCCUCAUUUCACAUUGUUCUGCCCAGUCCUCGUGUGGGCACUUCAGUGACUGCCAACCAUUGCUCUUCCCAGCCGCCAGGGGCCAUGUGGCUAUGUGGAAGCCUCCCCCAAGUCAUGCUGCAGAGGCAGGGCAGAGUCCAGAGGCAGGAGGGGCUUGGGUCAAGAAAUCUCCUCAUUCUUCCUUUCUUUAUUUUGGAAGCAAGAUCACCAUUUUCACUUUGUGACAGCCUCUGAAAUAAUUCCAGCUGGUGUACCCUUAUGACUCCAGUCUGACAGAGAAGGAGAAAACCAGCAUCUGCUACCUGUCUUUUCCUGACUCUUACUCAGGCUGCCUUGGGGACACCCAGUUUAGCUUCCGGAUGCGUCAGUCUGGGGGACAGAGGAGCCUCCACGCUCUUGAUGAGGAUGAUGGCUAUAACAGAGGGGUUCCUGUCACCCUGCAGAGAGAGGCCGCCCACUUGUUUGGCUACGUGUACUUCAGGCAGGUGAAGGACAGUGCUGUGAAGAGAGGCUACUUCCAGAAGUCACUGGUGCUGGUGUCCCGCCUGCCCUAUGUGAGCUUGUUCCAGUCGCUCCUGAACCUCAUUGCUCCUGAGUACUUUGAGAAGCUGGUUCCAUGCUUGGAAGCGGUGUGCAACGAGAUUGACCAGUGGCCCACCCCAGUGCCAGGACAGACUCUGAAUCUGCCCGUGAUGGGAGUCGUCAUGCAGGUACGGAUCCCAUCCCGUGUAGACAAGUUAGAGUCAAGCCCUGUAAAGCAGUUUAACCAGGAGAAUCUGCUCCCUGCUCCGUUAGUUCUCUCCAGUGUUAAUGAGCUGGAUCUUUUCAGGUGUUUCCAGCCUGUGCUGAUUCAUAUCCAGCUGCUGUGGGAGCUGAUGCUCCUGGGGGAGCCCCUUGUUGUCAUGGCACCAUCUCCAACCAUUUCGUCAGAGAUGGUGCUGGCCCUGACCAGCUGCCUGACUCCUCUCAAGUUCUGCUGUGACUACCGACCCUACUUCACCAUCCAUGACAGCGAGUUCAAGGAGUAUACUACCCGGACCCAGGCCCCACCGAAUGUUGUCCUGGGAGUCACAAAUCCUUUUUUUAUCAAAACACUUCAGCAUUGGCCACACAUCCUCCGGAUCGGGGAGCUCAAAAUGUCAGGGGACCUUCCCAAGCAAGUCAAGAUGAAGAAACUUGCCAAGUUGAAGACCUUGGACACCAAGCCGGGACUCUACACAUCCUACAAAACCUACCUGCACAAAGACAAAACGCUCAUUAAGAGGCUGUUGAAGGGCAUCCAGAGGAAGCGUCCUUCAGAGGUGCAGAGUGCGCUGGUUCGACGACAUCUCCUGGAGCUCACCCAGAGUUUCAUCAUCCCCCUGGAGCAUUACAUGGCAAGCCUGAUGCCCCUGCAGAGGGCUGUCACGCCCUGGAAGACUCCCCCCCAGAUCCGUCCUUUCCGCCAGGAUGACUUCCUGAAGAGCCUGGAGCAUGCUGGUCCCCAGCUUACUUGUGUCCUCAAGGGGGAUUGGCUAGGCCUAUACAGGCGGUUUUUCAAGUCUCCUAAUUUUGAUGGCUGGUACCGGCAGCGGCACAGGGAGAUGACCCAGAAGCUGGAGGCGCUGCACCUGGAGGUGAUCUGCGAGGCGAACAUCCUGACCUGGAUGAAAGACAAGUCUGAGGUAGAGAUCGUUGAUCUGGUCCUGAAGCUUCGAGAAAAGCUGAUCCAGGCCCAGGCUCACCAGCUCCCGGUGAAGGAGGAGACACUACAGCGGGUGGCUCUGUAUGUUGACACUGUCAUUGGUUCCCUGCCUGAUGACCUGCAGGCCGUCCUGCGGCACCCAUGAGGUCACCCCGCUCUUCUGGCUUCCAGACUGCCCCAGUUGGGAAGAAAGGGAGGACUAGAGGUGGCCCAGUCCUGCCAAGCCUUCUUGGCCCUGGCCCCUCUGAGCUCUGGGCUGGGAGGGUAAGGAGAGGCCCAGGAGGCCGUGCUGGGCAGGAGGCAAAUGGGUGAUGCGUGCCCGGGCUUCUCCUUCCAACCACACCUUGCUCCUUUGGGGGCUGGGCCCAGUGGAGUAGGAGCCUAGGACUCCAGCCCCUUCUUCCCUGUUCCCUCAUCACCACUGCUUCAGGAGCCUCCGGGAGGGGCUGUGCUGGACCCAGCCUCUAUUAGGGCAGGGUCUACCAGCUGCUCGGUACUGCAGAGACCCUUCAUUGGAAGGACCACCGUGCAGGGAGCCUGAGGGCGGGAGCCGUGGACAACAGGCAGCGUGGGCCCUUCGUCUGUGUAGUCCCCUGCCGUUUCCCUGGGGCUCUGCUCGGGCUCCCACUUCACGCCCGCCCCAGAGAAGGCUCCUGCUGGAGCCAAGGUGAAGGGCAAGGCGCCUGAUGCCAAGCGAGCCCUUUGCUUUCCUCAUCCCCUUUCAAAGCAGGGAGCUUCAGCCAAGCACAAACCAACCCCAUUGCCUGUUCCCCUGGGCCCCUCCCGCAGCCCUGCCGCCAACCCCCUCAUGCUGAGGGCCAGGCCCGGAGGGGCAAGGCCGAAGCAGCUGGCUCUGCUUUCUCAUCUCUCCAGAGAGCCCGGGCCUUGUCUCCAGCUGGCUCCUGGAGUCUUCCUGUGGUCCUGGAUAACCGAAGCCAUCAAUCUGUCUAAUAGUAAAGGAGAUUGUUUUGAA